GCUGUGUUUUGUUUACAGUUGUGCAGCAACAAGAAACGUGUAGCUGUCAUGAGUAAAAUGAGUUGUUAAUUCUGUACAUACUGAAGUCAAUGGAUCGCCAGAGAGGACAUCUUGGGAAAAAUCCACAAGAUGCUGUCGACAGUCUUAUUUGGAUUAAGGUAGUUGGUAUAGGCAACGCAGGCGUGGGUAAAACGUGUCUUAUCAAACACUUCUGUGAAAGCAAGUUUAGUGGCGGGUAUCAGCCAACUGUCGGUGUAGAUUAUGGGUUCAAGAUACAGAAUAUAAAAGGAUACGAAUUGCGUGUGCACCUAUGGGAUUUGUCUGGCGCACCAGAAUAUAUCGACGUCCGGAACGAGUUGUACGGACAGACAGACGCUGUAUUUCUCGUGUUUGACGUCACAAAUCAAGCAUCCUUUGAGAGUCUAGACACGUGGUUAAAGGAGGUGAACAAAUACAGUAGCGGGAUACAGGAUAUAAUACUAGUCGCAAACAAGGUGGACACGAAGUCGGGGAAAAGAUUGGUAUCAACUCAGGAAGCAAAAAAGUGGGCAGCUAGUCAUAAAAUGAAUCUUUACGAAGCAAGUGCUGCAACAGGAGACGGGGUCCAUAAACUGUUCGAUGAAUUGCUGAACAAUGUUAUUAGCAAGCGUAAACAAGCUGGGCUCAUUCCUAAAACAUUGUAGUGUAGUGAAAGCUCGCGAAACCCGUGCUAAACCCUAUACAAAAAGUUGAGAGAAGAACAGAUGUGAAAGACGACAGUUAGGUAUUGGAUAAAAUAUAUCCACUGUUUGGAUAAAAUAUAUGAUAGGGAUCUGAUGGUCCUUAACUAUUUGUAUAUAAUUCAAGAGACAGACUGCAGGCUCUGUAGAUACAAUUUAGAGAUUACCCAGAGAGAAGUGUUGACUAAGCCACCACAGAGUUUGACAAUACUCGAGAACAAAGAGUCGGUUUAAGGAGAUGUUAAAAAAAAUUGUUUCAGAAUUAAAAAUAUUAAAACAUUUUGUAUCUUUGCUAUUAUAUGUAGGUCAUUUUCUUUGCUUACUUCCAGAUGGCGUUUUCACCAAUCAGCUUUUCUAGUUUGUUUUGAAAUUCAGUUGGAUUUUAAAGCUCCCAUGUCCAACAAAGCCAUCCAGCUGGCUUACGGAAGGUCUGUGGUACUACCCAGGUGCAAGGCCGUCAUGAGGGGCACUGAAGUCUUCCUCUACCGUCAAAGCUGAAAAGUUGCUAUAUCACCUAUAAUUGUGACGAUGCAAGGUCGAACCCAACAAGACAAACAAACAAACAAACAAUCAUAUCUAAUUAGGAGUCAAAACACAAAAAUUAUGCCGGAUAUUAAUUCGAGAUACCUUUUACUGUCUGGCAAUUUAUUUCUGCCAAAGGUAAUACUUACAUUUUUUGAAUACCUCUAGUUGUGUUGUCCUACAUAUACUGUUUCAAUGUCUUCUAUAUUAUCCUUAUUCCUAGAUUUGUUUUACAAUUACAUAUACAUUUGUACUCUGUUCGUAGUAUACAUGUAUCACAGAUUGGAGACUCAUGGCUUCUACUAGUAUUUUAUACUUUAAGUUUCAUUUCUGUCAAAUCAUCCCGGAUUACCAUACGCUUGUCGUGCAUCGUACUCAAGACCUCAUGAUCUGAAGUAUGGUCCUUACUUUGUUUUGAUCUCAGACAGAAAUUACCGUUGUUUUUUUUUUUUGUUUCUGUCCCAGGCCGUAUUUCCCAUGUUUCUCGUUUCAGAAAUAAAUGUUUAGAGAGAU